GGAGGAUGAACGAAGAACAAGUCGUCCGGAUGGCUGUAGGAGUGCAGGAAUUUCUACAGUGAAAGAGAAAGCAGGAGCACACAACACAGAGACAGACAAAUGAGUUUUUCCAGCCAACCAGCAGACACAUGUGGAAGCUGCUGCUGCCCUCACUGCAGGAGCGAGCUGGGUAGAUGAGCUUCGAGCCAGACAGCAGCAGCAUGCCCCCUUAACCGGCUCUGAGCAGUCCACCUUUGCCCAUCCCUCUACAAUCCUGUCGCUCCACUUUGUGAAGAUGUAGUCUGUUGGAUCUCCAUGGAGAUGUCUCCAAACACCGUCUCCUCUGUCUUGUUCCCAUGGUCUCUGUGGCUGAUGUUCUUCCUGACCCCCGUCACCUGGACCACCAGCACUGCCCCCUCAUCUGAAGCUUCUCCGUCAGCCAAUACCACACUGUUGUUUGACAGUGGUACCAGCCUGCGGAACUGCAGCUGCUUCGUGGCGGUGCGGGACUGUGACGAGGCUUUAGCCAACUCGCUGUGCAGAUGCCACACCGCCCCACGCUCCGCCCUCCCCCCGGCAGGCCUCACAGAGCCUGGGACGCUCACAGUGUGGGUGAAGGAGGUUUGGGUUCUGGAGGAGCUUCUGAACAGCAGCAGGGUCGGCCAUUUGCGGUUGUCUUUUUGUGGAAUAAAACCAAUGGGCAGUCAGUACCUGGCUCUGCUGGGUCUGCAGACCCUCAGGAUCCACAGUGCAGCACAAGAGGCCCCCUACCCCAACCAGGAAAUGACUAUCUCCCCAGCAGCAGGGCUUGCAAUGGAGAUAGAGACCCUCUCCUUUGACAUCUCCUCCUCCCUCCACGUGACCUUUCUGGAUGUAGCAGUUCUCAACGGGCUCUCUGCCCUGAAGGCGUACAGUGUUUUAGGACCACCUGCUCACACCCUCCCCCAGCACUUCCCCUACUUGGCCUUACCCCUUGCUAUACCAUCUUCUAAUACUCCUGGUGACCCUACAGACCCCAGUGAGCAGGCUGCAGAGCCUCCACUGCUUUUUACGUUUGUCUACUAACAACAACAAGCUGAAAAAACUGAAACGUUGACUUUAAUUAAAUGUCAACAAAUGAUACAUAAUCGUAUAAGGUUAUUUAAAGGCAAUAGCAUUAAGUUUAAAUAAUGAUGUUAGGUUUAUCUAUUAUUGCUUUCAUAUAACCUUAUACAGUUAUGUGUCAUUUGUUGACAUUUUAUUAGUACUUUUAUUUAGAGCCAACGUUUCAGUUUCUUUACUGUAUUCAGGGCCAUGCAUGCAGUAUAAGGUACAACUGGUGCGCAAGAAUUACAAAACAGCUGGAUGUUAUUUUGCACAGGAAAAGUUGCACAUGUGGAAUAUAAGACCUUUAUGGGCCUAAAGGUGACUUCGAGCUGGGUCUCCGGAGAGGCUGACAUCCUUCUCCUCCUGAUGAUCUGCCUCAAAGGAGAUUAUUGACUCCAGGAUUGCCACAUGUUUGUUUUCCAGCCCUGAAAUAUAACGCAGACAUACAGACAAACACAAGGUUUGGGAAUGCUAACACAAGCUACCAAGUCAUGUUUUUCUUCAGCAUAUUGUUGGUAUCAUUAUACAACGUAAAUAAUAUUGAUGUGCUAACAAGGAAACUGUAACGACCUUGAUUCUCACGUCAAGGCGAUGCUUUGCUUGUGCUAAUGUUCUGGAACUGCAGCUCAUACUUAGGUGCUGGUGCAUGGUGUGUUUUAAUGCUGAAAUAUUAUCAUGUACCACAAUAUAAAUGUUUAACAAUUUACUAAUGCUUCAUAGAUCAUAGUGCUGUGAAAUGUACAAUUAAUUCAAACUGGCCCUUACAAUCUACAUUCAUUGCAGGCAACAACAAAAAAAAACAGAAAUAAGAGGGAUUUAGGUUGCCAGAUUGUGAAAAAGAUCUGCUGAUUACCCUUGCUGUUUGUUAGUAAUACAGUUUUACAUAAGCUCAUUGGUAUCUUACUUGCUAAUAAGCCAUAUAGAAAGUUAGUAAAUAAUACUAAGCUAAAUUAGUUACAACUUAUAAACUCUUUAUAGCCGAAUAAUUUCAGCAGCUUGGCAACUUCUAAUUAUAAUGGCUUUUAAGGGAUCUAUAAAGCAUUAGUAACUCUUUUGUUAACCAUUUAGAAAGGUAUAAUUAAAAACCUUUUAAAAGUUUGCCUUACUAGAAGGAGGUACCAAAAUAUCCUUAUGGGGAGCAAUGAGUUAAUGGAAAAAAGCUUAUACAAGAACAAGCUGUUAACAUGGUUCACUAUUAAAGCUAAUGUUCUGAUCAAACCUUCAAAUAAUCUCAAUAAGAGUUUACAUUUUUAGGCUCUUAAAUGGAAUGUUAGCGGCUUAUCUGCAGAUGUUCUCGUAAACACUACUCUCCGUGUUCACUCAAACAGCAGGUAGCUGGACGCCACCAAGCCAUGGCUACGCCUGACAUUAUAACAUGAGUUAUUAUGGAGGUCACAUCAAUGCAUGUUCACAUCUGGCCUUAAACAUUUUCUUUCUGCAGAAGUGUCUUUCCAAUUGUCAAUUUUCAUAUUGGAUCCAGAACAUUUGACAGCGUUGUGAGCUCAAGCUGGUUUUGUAGCCCAGCUUCCAAGUAUUGAUCCGAUGACACACAGCAGGUGAACAUGUGACAAGUGUAACCACAGUGUAGCCACAACAAUAUCGACACGGGGGGAGGUGUUCCAGACCCCACUAAAAGCUACCAAUAUUGUGUUAGCUCCUCUCCCAUCCAGGUGAAGUCAGAUAUAUCAAGGCAGGAUUAAAUGGACAGCAGGGAGCAGUUGUUUUUGAUUGGCAUGACUGUUGAUGAGUGAAAGGAGGAACUUGAAUAAAUCAGUGGAGGAACUGAAAAAUGAAAGAUUUUCCUUGCAGAAUACAAGGACUUGAUGGUUCCAUGGAUGUGAGGGAGCAUUGUGGCUAGAUGUGAAUGAUGAGAAUCUUGUCCCGGCUUAUUGGUCUGAUGUAUUACAUUUACUCAAGGCGCGCCACUUGAUUGAUUAGUUUGUGUCACGCUGACAUCAUGGCGUUGUUUGAUCAGAAAUUAAGGAAAGCUGUGUUGGCUAUCAUCAAUUAUAAAUACCCCUCAUGUGGGUGAGUUAAUUCUAAAUUAACAUGGCGUGUAUAACAGUUACGUGGCUGCCGUAUUUAUUCCUUAUUUAGAUUGCUUCAUUCUGAGUGCUGAUGAAGAGGCUACAUCGUUAGCAUAGCCCUGAUCAAACUCCAUUGAUAAAACAAGUGUUUUAAAAGCUGUUUGCUUGGCGCAUUGCGGACGGAAGUAAAGUCAGAACCCUCCAAAUCUCCAUCAUCAUCAUCAUCAUCAUCACCAUCAUCAUCAUAUUGUUUCAACAUACUUAAAUCUGUUGCAAUAAAAUCACAGCAAAAUGUGGAUAUCUUUGGUUCAAACCGCUGUAGUAAAUCAGAUAAGUGUGUUAGCAAUAUAUGCUCUGGUCAAACUUGUGUUGCUCUCCGCCUUGAACACAGCAUAACACCAGGAUAAAAACGCUUAAUAGGUACCACCAGAGACAUUUUCGUGGGACUCAGGGUUUUACAAAGUAACAGGGAGUCCUUAGGGGCCCAAAGUCCCUUUAACUCUCCCUAGAGGGUUAAUGCAGCUCUGGAUUAAUGGGAGAAAGAAUGUUUAUCCAAUUUGAUUAAUGCCAUGCCACAUUCGGUGAAGGGUUUGAUAGAUGUCUGCGUUGUAUCUGCAGUUCUAACUUGCAACAUGUGGCGGGUCUUGUAGUUCACCUUCAUGUCGGACUGCUGUACAGUCUCAAUAAAUGAGUUGCUGUGGGGAAAGGAGAAAGCAAAAGAACAAAUUCAUGCCUCAGGGAUCAAUAGAGCAUGAUAAAAAACAAGAUGUUCUGUGGCAGCUGAUUCCAGUGAACACUGUCUGGAACCUGUCCAAACAAUCCAGUGUGGGGUCAGCAUGAGCACCAGAGGAUAUCUUGAGUAUGGAAAGGAGCUCUAAAAGUUGUUAUACUUUGUUGAAGAUAUAUUUUUUAAGUAAAUUAUAGUCAAUGUGUCUUUUGUCCAGAUUAGGACAGCUGUCUUUGGCGAAAAAAACAUAGAAGAUAGUAUAAGUAAACAAAAAAAUGGAGGACAAGGACUGUGUCAGUCUGCUGUGGUAUGAGGAGGCGCAGUAGGCUGCUGCGUUUUUCCAGCUGCUCUUAUUGAGUGCAGAUGGCCUAAUAAAACAAGUUGUUUUGUAACAGGUUAAAAUGGAAGGCCAAUGAACAAGAUUGUUACAACCCUAUGUCACCAAGCAACAAAUAGCACUGUAUUUGGAUCAGGACAAUGACUCUGUUUAAUUGAGUGACUUUUGCACUUAUUAGCACACAGGUCUCUUAAAGGAUAGAGCAGGAAGGGAAAGAGAAGGUGUCAGUCAUCAUUUCCCUGAGCUUCUUCAGUGGUCUGCGUUUUUGUCUCUGGAUAGUAUUUGCAGUCACUUUGCGCUAAAUGUGAGAGGGAUUAUAGGACAAUUGGAAAAAAAGAAGUCAAGGUUGUUUCAUGCUUCCUGCUGCUCUCUGGUUCCAGCUCAUAUCCUGUGAGAGACUUGCUUAAAGCUGCUCUCACAAACACAAUCCAGGGCCAACACUUCUGUUCCGCAGAUCAUUCAAUCACCGUUCUGGGUCUGAGUGUUUCUGUGUGUGUAUGUGUGAGUGCUUGUGUGUAAUUGGAGGAACAUGGGUGUGUGUUAUCUCCUUUUUUGGCAACAUCACAGUUAGAAUCGGAGGAUGAAACACUCUUUAUUGUCACAUACAUGCACACAGCAGAGCACACACAGUGAAAUUGGUCCUCUGCAUUUAACCCAUCCUAGUACUAGGAGCAGUGAAUUUGUCACUCAUGAAGUAUCCUAGCAGGUUCAAACCAACAUCCCAGUGUCACAUUAGCAGAUAGAAUGUGUGCAGUACAAGGGUUGGAACACAGUUGCUAAGAGGACUCACAAUGUAACUUAAGAACUCCAUGUUUUCUGUUAUUUAAGGGAUUUAUUUUGCAUUUUUUAACCCAUUCAAACAGUUUUAAACAGUUUGAUGACGCAACCAUAAAAAAAAGGAAGGACAGAGUUCAAUGCUUGCCUAGUUCCUCCCAAAGGAAUAGGGAUUAAAUGCAGUUUCAGGAUUUUGCACCAUGUUGAGUGCCUCAAAUUGAUAUGCCGACGAAAAUGUGGUAAUUAUAGCAAAUCAGAGCAAUACUACUUUAGAUGCGAUUAAACUUACAUUGCAUAUUGAAAUGAUUCAUUAGUUCUCACGAAUUUCCUUCAUGUUAUCUUGUUUUCAGUUGUCCUUUAGUUGUGGUUGUUUAUGUCAAAUGUCCUUUGCUAUCCCUGAUGGUAGCUCUGUUUAGCUGCUUAUUGCUCCACUUUGUUUACCAGCCGGUCUCUAACUGUGUGUGUCUGCUGCUUAAUGCUGAGCACACACUGUCCAGUGGUUUUUUACUGAAUACAGCUCCAUGAAUGGCUGCAAAGGCACAUUACUGGCCUCCAUCGAAGUCGCUUUGUUCUAUGAUACUUGCCAUAACUGAGCUUAAAGUUUUCACCUGUUUACAACUAUUUUGUCUUUAUUUAGUUUUGUGUAUAGUUUAUGUAUUCCUGCCGUGUUAUUUGUUAAAGCUGCACACUUGUAAUAUUUGCACUUCUAAAGGCUUGUUUCCACUUCAGGCCCUCUUUUGGUUCCCGGGGCUUUUAUUGAUUUUGUGUUCAACUGCAGACACUCCCCCUCUCUGCACUGUCAACAAGACACUUGCAGAAUCCUUUCAUUGGCAACCAAACAGAGGCCUUUCCUGAAUUGUAUGGCGUGUUGAAACUAUUGGCAGUACCUGCACUAUUUAAAAAUGGUGAUAAUAUGCAUCACUUCCUGUCUGUUUCAUGUGACAGUUCUCUAUCAUCAAUCAGUGGCCCGCCGUGUUUUAACUCCAAUUUUAUUGACUAAGGCAAGGCAAGUUUAUUUAUAUAGCACCUUUCAACGCAAGGAAAUUCAACGUGCUUAAAAAAAAAAAAGACAUUAAGAGCAUUAAGAAAUAGUGCAGCAGAAACACAUUAUAAAAUGGCAUUUAAAAACAGUCAUUAAAAAGCAAAGUAAAAUAAAAUAAACACAACAGGUGUAAAAUACAUGACGAAAAGUUACAGUGGAAUUUUAGAUAAGAUUAGUUCAAUUAAAAGCAGCGGCAAAAAGAAAAGUCUCCAGCCUGGAUUUAAAAGCAGUAAGAGUUGCAGCGGACCUCCGGGGUUCUGGGAGUUUGUUCCAGAUAUUUGGAGCAUUAUAACUAAACGCUGCUUCUCCUUGUUUAGUUCUGACUCUGGGGACAGAAAGUUGACCCGUACCAGAGGACCUGAGCGUUCUAAGGUCGCUUCGGACCUCAACUGUGGUGUUCCCAAAACAACUUUUGCUAAUGGAAACCAAACAUCGCCAGUGGAGUUGGGUAGAACCCUGGCGGCUGUGCCAUGCUGUGGAAAUGUGGCAUUACUGUGUCUUUAACACUUGGGUAUGGAAACAGGAUGAUGACUUUACCGCCAGGGCCUGGGAGUUUUACCAUGCCCUUUUUCCGCAACAAUACUUAACUGUGGCUCUUUCUUUGUUGAAUGGAAACACAUUUUUAUUAUGCAACAGGCAAAAUGAAUGCCUGUGCAACUGCGAUGAUUACCAUCUGGAAAAGAAUACAGCCAGAUCAUGGCAAGUUGCUCAGGGAAGAGCAGUUGGUACUGAAAGUCGUUCCAGACACCUUUUGGUCGCCUUUACGCCAACUUUAGAUGGCCAGUGUUCAGCAGAGGAUCAGACAGGGGGUUCACCCUCUCAUAACAUUAUUGCUCUUACCGAGAAAUCCGCCUUUAGUCACUCCCAUCUGGUGAACGGGGUGAUUACACACCUAUUAAUGCUUUUCAGACAGGAUGUUCAGAACAGGCCAUAAGACUCUGUGCUCAUGCCCCCGUCAGCACACAUCACACAGCAUUAAAACGUCUGGAACAUUCCACCACAAAAUGAUUGAAAAUGAGAUCACUGGGUUUUUUGGGUUUGACAUCACUCUCUUCUGUUGGAGCUGUGACUUCCUUUUCUUCUCUUUCUUUUUUCUCUCGCUCUCUUGAUCUUCAUCACCGCACCUUAAGUAAUGCAUCAGGGAAUGUAAUUAUUCAAAUGUAAAACACAGAUUUGUAAUGUGUAAGCCACGGCUAAUGUGCCUUGAGAUGGUUGGAACACAUGACAGCAGAUCUGCAUUUGUAAAACUGUUGACAUGUUGAGUGAAUCGUGUACUGUUUUAGGAACGGCUUGUGUAUUUAGGACUGGCUUGAGAGGUUUGAUUUGUAUAUAAUUUGGCUUAUUUAAGAAAGAAUUCCUGGAGCUCAUUUGUUUAUCAUGAAAAGACGAUGUGGAUUGUUCCUUUUGCCCACACAUUUUGUCUCUCUGUAUAGUCUGAGAUAAUAAAAGACUUGUUUUAAAACGUA